AUGGCUUCCGCCGUCGACGACUCCCCCAUUCAUUCGCCGCCCGGCCCCGAUGCGCCCCGGCCCAAAGGUAUCCUUAAGCAUUCCGGUACGCAUCAGGCAUCUUCGACCGAUGAGACGCCCACCUCUAGACCUAUUCGCCCGCGCGCCAUGAGCAAGGAAAUCACCCUCGAAAAUACAAACUACAACGCUGGCCAUCGCCGCUCGUCAUCCACCGCCCGCAUAACUGCCUCUCGUCGCCAGUCGGCCACCAACACCGAGUCGGCCGAGCCCUCACAGCGCCUUAAGUGGGAUGAGGUCAACCUGUACCUGACGGAGCAGGAGCGCUCAUCAACGAUGAAGAUUGACGAACCCAAGACGCCCUACGUGAAGCACUAUGAUCCCGCCGAAGAUCCGUCCGACGACGAGUACCAAGGCGACAAGGCCGGCACACAGGGCGCCCAAGCUUCUCUGGAGAAUGUUCAAGAUGUCUCUAAAGCUCCACGCGCUCGCACUGAAGAUGAAAUUCCGGGUCUAUCGCUGGGCGAACCAGAGGAAGAUAUUCCGGAAGCGCAAGGCUUCGAGCCGGGUCCAUAUUACUACGGCGAUGAUGCGACCUCGCCCAAAGCCCACUCGGAGAAGAGCGUGCAUCUGGACGACGACACCCCCGAGGACGCGAUGGAAGAUGCCUCCCCAGAAGAUGUCGAGAAACACCACAAGUUUGAAGAGCUCCGCAAGAAGCACUAUGAGAUGCACAACGUAGCAUCGCUACUGGGCAACCCGGAAUACCUCCCCGACGAUGAAGACGAGGAGGAGGAGGAAGAAAAGGUGGUCCCUCCCGUUCCACGCAUUCCCAAUGGUCUUUCAUAG